CUUGGUGAUUGGUUUAAUGGUGCAAUUGAAGUUGGAAAUCCCGAUGCAUUGCUUCUAGCUCUUAAAAUGAGAGAGAAAAUAUCUGUUGAAAGCAAUGUCUUUGGGAAACUUCUUCCUCAUCCAUAUAUAGCUGGAAGCUUUUUUACAGUUGAACACUUGUCCUCUAUUUCUAACUGCUUGAAGAAGUCUACUUUCUGUCAGCCUCGUGUUCAUAGUAUAUGGCCUGUCUUAGUGAAUAUUAUCCUACCAGAUGUGGUCUUGGAAGUAGACUCAACUCAAAGCUCGCAUUCUGGAAAAAAACACAAAAGAAACCGCAAAGCUAGUUUGUUGGAAGAAGAGGUUGAGAAAAAUCUGAAGUGCUUCUGCGAAGUUGUGUUGGAAGGAUUUUCAAGUUAUAGAGGGUUAAACAAAUCUAGAUAG